ACACUGAUUUAUUUAUUUUGAAAAUAAGUGUCAUCUGAACUGUCAAGUGUUCUCCAGAAAUUAUGGUGAAAUUAUUAUGAGAAAAUAAAACGAUAUGGGAUGGUUUUUGGUUUUAUUUAUAAUUAUUUGUACGUUAUUUUUUAUUGUGUCAUGGAUACUUCCAAGGAUCAUUUCCUGGCAUUUCGAAAGAAAAUAUAAGGUCUCCCUAAGAAUUGGCAGGAUAGGACUACCAUACCUAAAACUCUGUGAUAUCCAGUUAUCAAAAAAUGGAUUUAACAUUCAAAUAGAUGAAGUAGGGGUCAAAAGUAGCUUUUUGAAUUCGGAGUUAACCAAAUUAGUUACGUUAGUAGUUAAAGAUGUCAGGAUCAACAAAGAUUUAAGUGCAAAAAAUGGAGACGAAUUUGUGAAAAAGCCUGGUGAGCCAAAGGGUCUGAUCGAUUUCAGAGAUAAGAAAGUACCACAUUUUAUUACUGGUUUCGCACAAUUUAUGGCAGUACACGUUUACAACAUAUCAGCUAUGUUGUUGAGAUCUGAAACACCCGGUUGCCUAAUUCAUGCUAGAGCCUCACAACUUCACCUAGAUGGCAGUAUCUUAAAAAAUGCUAAGUCGUUAUUGGUUACUUUAAAUCUUAUGGAUGCGGAGACCAAAGUUUUGAAACACGCUGAGAAACAGGAAAAGGAGACUAGACUCGCAGAAUUUUGCUUCGGCAUAUCAAUGGAAACUAUUUUGGUGGCACAAGGGCCCUUGUCUGUUGAGAAACUUGACGUAAAGAUGUCCCACACAAAUUCAGUUAUCAAGGGAGAAUUUUAUAGCUUGGCCCAAGGCACUAAGAACAAGGAAUUAUCGAAUGAAGCUAAAAUAUACUCGUAUUACAGCGAUGACGACAUUUUCCAAAGAAUACUCCCUAUUAUUCCGAAGAAUUGUUCUCUGCAGAUUGACGAUACUACUCUCAAGGGUGUGAAGGAGAAUCGACAAAUAGAGUACAACUCGUCUUUAAAAUCUCUAGCUCUAAAUUACAGAUCUGUGCAACCAGAGGAUAAAAAUGGUUUGAGCGGCAAUUCUGUCCUUUUCAAUUUUUAUUUGUCGGAUCUGCUGUUGGAGAAUAGCAGGGAGAAGCUGGUAGAGCUGAAACACAUCAAUGUGGAUGCUAAGUUGAAAAACUAUAUAGUGAACAUAUACCUCCAGCAGAACUCAUUGCUUAUCAUGUACGACCACAACACGAUCCACAAGUGGGUUUGGACGAACUUCCCCCAUAAUAAACAAAAAGUUGCGCCUUUAAAAUUGGCAAAUGUGUCUAAAGACAGUUUUACAUCGAGUGGAUAUUUAGCGAGUAGGGAAAAGGGUUCUACGUUUGAAAAAAUCCUCGAGAAGUUGUCCAUAAAUUUUUGUGCCGAACUGUGUCAUGUCUUGGCCAUUGUUAAGUUAAAGGAACAUAAUUCUUCUGUAGGUUUCAAUAGGAUCAGGUUGAUGCUGGAUCAGUCGCAGGAUAAACGGGGUUCGACUUAUAAAUCUUAUUUAGCGAACCUGCUCCUCAGAGAUCGUCACUGGACCAUGGACUUUCUAGUGGAGUCCCUCUGGUGGUCCUUCAAGGAAUGGAGUCAGGACACCAACGUGUCCAAAGUCAUGCACAUCUGGGGAACCCCCUUAUAUUUAGGUAUGGGUUUGGUGAAAUUUUGCACCGCCCAAAAUGGGGAGAUCAAGCUAGGGUCACUUCUUGAUACCGUCCAGUUGGAAUGGUCAUUGGAGUUAGCCGAUUAUGUGUUACUGGCUUUGAAGUGUUUCAAGCAAUACGGCACAGUCAGUGUAAAAACUCCAAGUGUUGCAAAGAAACAGUCCGAUUAUCCAAAACUAACUUUUAAUCUGGUCGUAACACAUUUUAAUUUUUUCUUGCAGUCUCAAAACAGUGAAUAUUUCGUGUCUCGUUUAAAUACAAUAAACUUGGAUAAAAGUCCCGCUGCGACUAAUGUUAAAUUUGAGGAAUUUAAAAUGUUCAGUCUGAAUAACACCGGUGAUUAUUACACCUGUAUUCGAACGGAAGAUAUUUCCAAUUAUAAGGUCUUCGUGAAAACUGUUCAUUUGGAGAUAAUUAACAAAAACGAGAGUCAAAUCAGAGAAACGACUGUAACUUUACUCGAUAUAGUCACGAUUUUUUGGUCGACAAACUUCCACAUGAAGUUUUUGCUUCUAUUUAGAGACAUGAAAGAGUUUUUAACAGGCGUCAAGGAUGAACUGGGGAUCAUAGACGUCGAGAAGGUGAAAACUAGAUACGUUACCAACUUGAAUGUUUUGGGUAAAUUUGAAUUUCAUAUCGAGAUUAGUCCCGAGCAUAGCGCCAAAAUAGCAUUGGAUGAACUGACCUUCACCAAAAAGUUGCAAGAUCUCGCCCAAGCUCCGGACAUAUUCCUUAACACUUCUCUAACAAUCGUGUUAGACAACGCGGAGGUCUUUACAUUCCAAGGCAUCGAUUUUCACAGGAUCCUGAACCACCCUGUCGUACUAGCGGAAAGAACGGACGUGGGGACGUUUUCAAUACCUUUCAAUAAGACUUGGGGAAUUUCGAUCGACUUGUUCAAGGCCGUGUUUCCGCACGAACAUAACUUUGCCGAGGCCGUGCAGAAUCAGUUCGUUUCGAUUUUCAAGUGGUUGAAGAUCGUUCACAAUUUGAAGAAGGAUAAGUCGCAGGGGAGCCCGCUACCCAGUGACUUGCUGAUAAAUAUAAAAGAGUUUCUAUUUGAAUUGAGCGAUGAUCCCUUCGAGGUUAAGUUAAGGGACAACUUUGAACUUCUGGAGGAUGAGUACAAUGAGAGUUUGAAAAGGCAGAAAAUGCUUCGAGAUAAGAUUGCAGAUUUACUUAAAACGCACCUUCAUAUGCCAGCCGGAAAAGUCGAGGAGCUCUACGCAACGUUGAAAAAGAAAAACGCUGAGAUUUACAUUCAAAGAUCUAAACUCAUGUACAAAGCAGCCCCACCAAGAACGCGCUUAUUUGCUUGGAACAUGACAAACGUCGAGAUAUUGAUUUUGGCCGACACGACUAUCCAUGGAGCGGAAAAAGUCAUCAAAAUCAUGCGAGAAAUCGACGCCGACAGUCCUUGGCCGGAAGAGGUCAUGGAGUUCUCCACGCUUUGGUGUCGGGUGGUGUCGUUGAGAUGUGCGGAAUGGAAGUUCCAACUUAGGGACUUCCCGCAGCCUCUGAUGUACGUCAGGCAGUGUUAUAUCUGCGGACAGCUGGUGGGGGCCGAGCAGGUGGCUCCGAAAAGGGCGACCAGAACGGUGGAAGUUCAUUUAGGCGAACCUUUUGAGCCCUUUGCUAUAGAACGGGGUAUGCUGCCGUUGAAAUUUUACCAUGACUUCAACUGCGAGAUAGAAUCCUUUAGCUACGCAUUUGGUCCCUGUUGGGAACCCGUCAUUGCACAGUGCAAUUUAAGUUUUAACCAAAUAUCUGCUCCUUCUCGUGACCCGUCACCACCUUUAUCAUUCUGGGACAAAAUGAGACUGCUACUCCAUGGUAGGCUCACUAUGGUCGUUCAGCAACUGACGGUACUAUUACACGCAUCGCUAGAUCCUUAUAACACUACGGAAGAAAUGGCUUUAACCUGGGAAAGGGUUAUAAUGGACUGGACCAAUGCGAAAUUUGUGUACAAGGGAGACUUAAACAUUUUCGUGAGGACUGCUUCGAAAUAUGACGAUGUUCAACUGUUGAAACUACCAAACUUAAAAUUGAUCCUCGGUAUUCAGUGGGUUUGUUUGGGCGAUCCUAACGAUCACCACAACGUUAUUCAGUGUGCUCCCGAUAAGGUACCAGAGUACUCGAGUAAUCAGGUUCACGAUUCGUUCAGGGCAUUUCGUUCCCAAAACGUCAACUUAAGCAUAGUUCUGGAGACAAGGCCUGUACAGAACGAGCCGAACAGUUGCCCCAUACUGCUGCUUUACGGAAGCACGCUUAGGUGGAUAGAGAGUUUGAAACUUAUUUUGUCCGGCGUGACUCGGCCUACGAAACGUGGGAAGAUAUUCAACAAUUUAAGGCCUAGGAAAAUUCAACUGAGCAGGCACUACAAAAAGUUACACUUGUUAAUGGGCUUACAUAAAUUUCAAGUUUGCUACUGGAUGUCUUUUGCCAUGCAAAAGGGGUGUGAACUAUUUGGGGGCAGACUGUCAUCCAGUUCAGAGCACACCCUGUCACUCGUCACCGUCGAAGACGGCCUAAAACACCGACCCAAAGCCGAAUGGUCAGUGGUAUAUAUGAAUUCGGAAUUGAACGAUUUCGAAAUAUGGCUGAAGAGUGCCCUUCAAGACGAGUCUGAAAUCGAGGUGCCUUCCCCUAGACAACCCGUGGAAAAAUCAUUUUGCUUAUCGGUAGCGAAGGUGUCUUACGGCAGGGAAACGGUGGUACACAACCAGAACAUGAGCGAAAGGAACAAGGAGGUUCCCACCCACAGGCUGGUGGUGUACGAUUUAAGAGGGGCUUGGACUAAGAGCAACAGAAAUGUCGCUUUCGCUCUUUUCGAUACUUUCAUGAAGAUUACGAGGAUGAAGAAGAAUCUGUCUACCGAGGCCCUGAAAGGUUUUAGAAAAGAUAACAGUUCCACGCCUCUGAAGAGGAGGAACGCCGAUCCAUCUAGCACACCACCCAACGCGUCGGUACAGGCAAUUCAGAGCUCUUCGACCGUUCAGGACACCCCAUCCCCGAUAAGUAAACUCCAAUCGGGACACGCCGCGAAUAUGCUGCAACAGCUGAUAGCGGAGGCGGACAACAAUUCCGUCGUUUACAGCGAUGACUUGUCGGCUGUAUGUAGGCAGCAACACUUGCAAGGCCUACAGGCCUGUCAGGAAGAUGACGUUCAGCACAAAAAUUGGCAAAUCGCUCUUGUAAACGCUCAGGUAUUACUAAAAGGCUGUGAGACUAAAGGUUAUGUGAUAUUGAGUGCCGCCAAGGCCGAGAUAGUGCAACGAAUACAUAGGCCCACUUGGAAGGAUAGGACGCUCGUUUCGAAAACUACAUGGGUGGGAAGUCUGGAGUGUAUGCAGUAUUAUGCUACGGUGAACGCGGGAGAAAACGACACUGCAAAUGAGAAUAUUAUGUGGUUGACAGUUGAUAACAUCCAAGAAAAGGAAUCUGCUGAAAUAUCGGAGCCGUCCGAGGUUCCGAAUAUGGUGGGGAGUGGCGUGUCUGUAGGCGCAGUGGUCAGUGACACUGUUGGUCCUAGUAGUUCACGACAACUGCAAAGGAUAGUGUCGAGAUGUAGGUGCGAAUUUUUCUAUGCCGAUUACGGCGAUAUCAGCGUGGAUCCCGAGGGUGUUGCCGAAAUACCCCCUCCGCCACAGGAAGAGGUCGGUCCGUGGGACAACCGACAGUCCGCUGUGGACGCUUUUACGCUUAUGCAUCACGAUUUAGAUGUUUGCACAAACUCUUUACAGUACGCUAUGCUAUUGGACAUCGUGAAUAACCUCCUGCUGUACGUGGAGCCCCACAGAAAGGAAGCGCUUGAGAAACUCGCACGCAUGAGGUUUAAACUUCAACUGCACAGCGUGGAAGACCAAAGAAAACCUAUUCAAAACCAGCAAACGCUAGUCAGAAGCACACAAAGUAAGCUGAGGAGGCUCGAGAAAGAGACUUAUCUAGUUAAUAAGGCUCUGGAAGAAAAUCCUGAUGAUCUUGAAUUAAGACAGGAUUCUGACCGACUCGAAAGACUGAUGUAUGAUUGUAAGAAUCAGUUGAACGCCCAAAGUGAGGAAUUGGACAUGAUGCUGUCCUGUUACAAAGAGACUCAACUGUUAGCAAAUGCUCGUUUGGCGACUACGCGGAGCGAUAAGCCUCUGACUAUAGUCAGGGCUAACGAAAUUUGUUUCAAGCACGCACAGUGGAGGCUUACCGAAGCCGACGGUCAGAUCGGUAUCGCCGACUUAGUAUUAAGCAACUUUUUGUAUACCAAAAAUUCCAAGAGCGAUGAUUCGAUGGAACAUUUGUUAGAAUUAGGUUACCUGCGGAUGAUGAAUCUGUUGUCUAAUGAAAUUUAUAAAGAGGUGCUGUGCCCCACUGAAAUCCAGUUUGAUAUGCCGAUAGAACAUAAGAAAGUGUUGAGGAUAUUCUGUAGAGAAAAACCCCCGGUAGGUGGCAUUUCAGUCAAGGAACACUUUGAAAUCAAUCUAGUCCCUAUAACCAUAGGAUUGACAAAGAAAUUUUACAGUACGAUGAUGAAGUUCUGUUUUCCGGAACGGGAAGCGGAAAACAGCGAUUACAGCGACAGGGCUAGCGAGGACGGAGAACCGGAACAAAAAGGAAAGCGAAUCAGGUCGAGAAGGAACCGCGAUUCGAACUUUUAUGUCCACAUUGACGAUGUGGAAAAAAUGAAGGAAAGAGCGGAAAAGAACAAACUUUUCGUGUAUAUCAAAAUACCCGAGGUUCCGGUGAAAGUGAGCUACAAAGGUACCAAAGAAAAGAAUUUGGAGGACUUACGUGACUACUCGUUGAUAAUUCCGACGUUGGAGUACCAUAAUAUGACUUGGACGUGGCUCGACUUUCUUAUGGCUAUAAGGAACGACAGUAAAAGAGUUAUUUUGUCACAGGCCAUUAAGCAAAAACUGCAGAUAAAGAGAAACACGGGUUCCUCGGACGAAAAUUCGGCUCCCCAGGAGGAGGACAAAGCUAGAAUGCUGUUUGGCACAAGACACGCUCCCGAAAACAAGAGCAUGAAGAAGGGCGUGAGCGGAGUGUUCAGAUUCGGCAAAUGACGAAAGACUAACAAAUUUUAACCGUUCCCUUUUUAUACUAACAUAGCAGUCUGCUUUUUGCCUUUAAUAAAAUUAUAAAGCCGCUUUUCGAACAAGUAUUAAAUGUUAUGUCUGUCAAUUAAUUGUGAUUUUAAGGUUAAAUAGGUAUGUAUGUAGCGAUACAUGUAGGUUUAAGUAUUUAUUUAAACUACACACUUAUUUUGGUACGUAAGCUUUUUAUGUAAAUAUACAAAUAUAUUUAUUGUGGUA